AUGAGUUGGGUUAUUGCAUUCUUUUUGGUGACAUCUUGUGUGGCAGUUCAGUCACAAGCAUGGCCUGGAUCCUAUACACCGGAUUCAUCAUGUAAUGUCAAUCAAUGUUGUUGUAUUAUCAACGAUAUGGUUAUAACUCAACCUACAUCAAAUACAAUAUCAUUCAACACAAGUUUAACGGGUGUAUGUCUUGGAGAAACAUCCUAUGAUGGUGACGCUAAUUAUUCAGGUGGUUAUUCAAUUUCGGUUUCCAAUAGUCUCGUUACAUUAGCAAUUACAUUGAGUAGCGAUAGUAAUAAUCUCACUAUCACUAGUUCCACGUCCAUGGGCUCGGCAUGUACCGUAAUAGCUGCUCGAGAUGCUACUACGGUCGCUGCUUCAACUAGCACUAAUCCUGCUGUCGCUGCUUCAACUAGCACUAAUCCUGCUGUCGCUGCUUCAACCACUAGCAAACGUAAUAGUGCUGCUCAAAACAAUGGUCGCAUUAUAAUGCUCUUACAUUUCUUUUUUGUGUGUUGUAAUAAAUAUUUGAAUCCCAUAAGCUAA